AUGGUUUUAGGUGUGCAAAGAAAGCUGCGAUUUGCGUGGCGCGUGCGCGCGACACCCGCCUACCAGCAACGGCCGGGGGUCGCGCCUGGCGCACGACGGGGCGGAGACACGGUGGCCGCCCGCCCGCCCGCUCGCCCGCGGAGGCCGGGGGCCGCACCGGGGAGGGCCGGCGGGCGCGGCGCGGCGGCCGGCCGCCCGCCCGCGGAGGCCGGGGGCCGCGCCGGGAAGGGCCCGCGGGCGCGGCACGGGGCGGGGCGGGGGCGCAGCGGUCGCCCGCACGCCGCGCCGGGGAGGGCCGGCGGGCGCAAUGCAGGCCACCACGGGGUGCGGUGGCCACCGGGGGGUGCCGGCGGGCGUGGCGCGGGGGCGCGGAGGCCGCCCGCCCGCGAAAGGCCGGGGGCUGCGCCGUUGAGGGUCUGUGGGCUCAGCGCGGUGGUCGCCCGCCUACGGAAGGUAGGGCUGGUGGGUGCGGGGCGGGGGCGCGGUGUCCGCUCGCACACGGAGGCCGGGGGCCGCGCCAGGGAGAGCUCGCGGGAGCGGCGCGGCGCGGGGCGGGGGUGCGGCGGCCGCCCACCUGCGCAUGCCGGGGGCCGCCUCGGGGAGGGCCAGCGGGCGUGGCGUGGCGCGGCGGGGCCGCGGCGCGUGACAGGGGCGCGGAGAGACGGCGGUGCGUUGGAGCAGAGGAGUGGUGGCACGGCAAUGGAGUUUGUCUCGUUCCCCCUCCCUUUGCCAGGCACUCUGGAGGAGCCAGCGCGGUAA